GCAGCCAGCCGGUUGAAAGGGGCGGGACCUGGCAGCGCGCGCAGGCCCCCAUCGCCCGGAGGCGCUUGAGGUAAAACCGGGAGCCGGAGCGGGACCGGGAUCAUGGUGCUCGAAAGCCUCGCCAGGAUCAUUAAAAUCCAGCUCCCUGCCUACCUGAAGCGAAUUCCCAUUCCCGAGAAUCUGGGUGGCUUCACUCGGUUGACAGUUGCAGAAUGGCUGCGAUUGCUGCCAUUCCUUGGAGUUCUUGCACUGCUCGGGUACCUUGCCAUUCGACCUUUCAUCCCCCGAAAAAAACAGCAGAAAGACAGUUUGAUUAAUCUAAAAAUUCAGAAGGAAAAUCCCAAAGUGGUGAAUGAAAUCAACAUUGAAGAUCUCCAGUUCACCAAGGCAGCAUACUGCAGGUGUUGGCGAUCAAAGACGUUCCCUGUCUGUGACGGGUCUCACAACAAACACAAUGAAUUGACGGGCGAUAAUGUGGGUCCAUUGAUCAUUAAGAAGAAAGAAGUAUAACAUUUUUUAUUUUCUUUAAUCAUGACAUAAUGUGUUCAUGUGAUGUAAAGAUCAUUUGUAAAGUGCAACCAUGAACUUUAACAGUCCAAUAAAUGUACCUUUACAGUAAAAUUUGUACAGAAGUUGUAAAGCUUUACUUGUCACUAACAAAUGUCUAAUGUAAUGUACAGUGAUUAUAAUUGGGACAGUCUACUCUUUACUAUCAUGAUUAAAAAGACUAAAGCAAUUGUUUAAAA